GGACAUCUCUUGUCCGAGAUUCACGUGCCCAUCUUGACAAUUUUGAUUCUAUUAUAACUCUGUUCCAUUGCCUUCCCAAUUUCUCUGUUAUAUAUAGAAUUAUCAAACAUGAUUGUAAUGAUUCUGGGUAGAACGCAGAGGACGUAUUGAGAUUUUUCUUUCCUUUUUUGUUUGUCUAUCUAUUUAAACUCUUUUUGUUCAGUAAGAUGAGCAGAUUUUGGUUUUCUAGGUUAGUUCUUCUGGGGUUGGCAGUUUUGAUUUGCGUUGUUGAUGGGUACCCAGUUGAGCAUUUGGUGUCGAAAUUGCCUGGUCAACCGAAGGUUGAUUUUCGGCAGUUUGCUGGGUAUAUUGAUGUAGACGAGAAGGCUGGGAGGAGUUUGUUUUACUAUUUUGUUGAAGCAGAGGGGGAACCAGAGAAGAAGCCCCUUACUCUUUGGCUGAAUGGAGGCCCAGGUUGUUCCUCAGUUGGUGGGGGUGCUUUUACAGAGUUAGGUCCAUUUUUUCCCAGAGGUGAUGGCCGGGGUCUUAGAAGAAACACAAAAUCAUGGAACAAAGCAUCAAACCUUCUUUUUGUGGAAUCUCCUGCUGGGGUUGGAUGGUCAUACUCAAAUACCACCUCAGAUUAUACUUGUGGGGAUGCAUCUAGUGCUAGGGAUAUGCACAUGUUCCUGAUGAAGUGGUUUCAGAAAUAUCCAGAAUACAAGUCCAGAGAUCUGUUUCUAACUGGAGAAAGCUAUGCAGGGCAUUAUAUACCACAGUUGGCCAAUGUUCUACUGGACUACAACGAACAUUCAACUGAUUUCAAGUUUAACAUCAAAGGAGUAGCUAUUGGGAAUCCACUUCUCAAGCUUGAUAGGGAUAUCCCUGCAACCUACGAGUUCUUUUGGUCACAUGGGAUGAUUUCUGAUGAAAUUGGCCUUACCAUCAUGAAUGAAUGCAAUUUCGAUGAUUAUGUUUUCAGCAACUCCCACAAUGUGAGCCAAUCCUGCAACCAAGCUAUUGCUGGUGCAAAUCAGGUGGUUGGUGAUUAUAUAAACAAUUAUGAUGUGAUCCUCGAUGUCUGUUAUCCAUCAAUAGUAGAGCAGGAGUUGAGAUUGCGGAAAUUGGCUACCAAGAUUAGCAUAGGAGUUGAUGUUUGCAUGAGUUAUGAGAGGCGUUUCUACUUCAACCUUCCAAGAGUCCAGCAGGCACUUCAUGCAAAUCGGACCAAUUUACCAUAUGGCUGGUCAAUGUGCAGCAAUAUACUGAAUUACAAUGAAACCGACGGUAACAUCAGUAUCCUCCCAUUGCUUAAAAGGAUAAUCAAACACCAUAUACCCGUCUGGGUUUUCAGUGGAGAUCAAGAUUCUGUUGUGCCACUUCUGGGCUCCCGUACUCUUGUCCGUGAACUUGCCCAUGACCUGAACUUUGAGGUGACAGUCCCAUAUGGAGCUUGGUUUCACAAAGGACAGGUUGGAGGUUGGGCCACUGAGUAUGGUAAUUUAUUGACUUUUGCCACUGUAAGAGGUGCUGCUCACAUGGUACCUUACGCACAACCAUCAAGAGCCUUGCAUUUAUUCAGUUCAUUUGUCCAUGGAAGGAGAUUGCCAAAUACAACUCGUCCAUCUAUCUACGACUGAGAAGCAAUAAAACCAAUCCUCAUGCCAAUAAUAUACCUUUUCAUAUCUCUCUUAGGUUGUCUUUUUAUUUUCCUUUUUUAUUCUUGGGUUAGGGUUUGGAUUUUGGUUGAUGAAGAGGGAGAACACAGAUUCAAAAUUCUAAAAAUGCAAAGGACCUAAUAAAUUGAUCAAGGAUGAGGAUGUUUGUACUAGUUGUCACCAAUUGUCUAACCAAUGUUUUAACUUUUAA